GCCUCCUUCAGAGACCUAAUCAGCUCCCUAGGAAUGCAGGAGGAACAGCCCCAAGAGGCUGCUGAGGAGCCAGCCCCUUCCACCGGGGCAUCGGAAUGUGGCCCUGGGGUGGUCUCCAGUGAUUCCCAGAAUCUCUCUGACGUAGAUGCUUUUAAGAUCCUCUUGGAAAUGAAAAUGAAGAAGAGACAAAAGCAGCCCAGUCUGCCGGGCACUGUCACUGAGUUGGUCACAGAAGAAGGAAGUAAGGUGUAUGUGGUCGGCACAGCACACUUCAGUGAUGACAGCAAGAGAGACGUUGUGAAGACCAUUCAGGAGGUGCAGCCAGACGUGGUCGUGGUGGAGCUUUGUCAGUACAGAGUUUCCAUGUUGAAGAUGGAUGAGAAGACGCUGCUGAAGGAGGCCAAGGAAAUCAACCUUGAAAAGCUCCAGCAAGCAGUCAAGCAGAAUGGAGUCAUGUCGGGCCUGAUGCAGAUGCUCCUUCUGAAGGUGUCUGCACACAUUACGGAGCAGCUGGGGAUGGCCCCUGGUGGCGAGUUCAGAGAGGCCUUCAAGGAGGCCAGUAAGGUACCUUUCUGCAAGUUCCACCUUGGCGACAGGCCUAUCCCAGUGACCUUCAAGAGAGCCAUUGCGGCCCUUUCCUUCUGGCAGAAGGUGAAGCUGGCCUGGGGCUUGUGUUUCCUCUCCGACCCCAUCAGUAAGGAUGAUGUAGAGAAGUGUAAGCAGAAGGACCUCUUGGAGCAGAUGAUGGCAGAGAUGAUCGGAGAGUUUCCUGAUCUCCAUCGCACCAUCGUCUCCGAAAGAGACAUCUACCUGACCUACAUGCUGCGCCAGGCGGCCAAGCGGCUGGAGCUGCCUCGGGCUUCCGAAGCUGAGCCCAGGAAGAGCAUCCCUUCUGUAGUGGUUGGAGUGGUAGGAAUGGGCCACGUGCCUGGCAUCGAGAAGAACUGGACCACAGACCUGAACAUCCAGGAGAUCAUGAGCGUCCCGCCCCCGUCCAUCUCGAGCAAAGUGUCCAGGUUUGUCGUGAAAGCUGCCUUCUUUGGACUGAUGUGCUACGGCUUCUACCGGGUGGGCAAACGGACGGUCAGCGUAAUCCUUUCCAUGUCAGCUACCCAGUCGUGUCUCCAGAGACUGGCUGAGAUCAGACCUCAGAAAUAAGGCGGUGGCGGCGGCGGCGGCAGCUGCGGAGAAAGCCAGGCGGGGCAGCAACCAAAAACCAGAAAGGGUGCUAACAGCCACACACACGCGGGGGCCGGCACGAGCUGGGCAGGGCCGCGGCCGGGCCAGGGCCUGAGCAGCCGCCGUGCCGGACUCCUGUUCGGGCAGCCUGGAGAGAAUCUCUUCUGGCUCGGGUUCCUUCCCCAAAGGGUCCCCUGGUGGUGGGUUCCUGCCGAGGGGUGCAGGGACAGCUAUGGACCGUGUUGGUAUCAUGAUACCAUUGUUAGUUCUUGGUGCCGAGCACCUAUAGGGUAGACAAUUUAAUCAUCUUGUUACGGGGAGAUUUUCUAUCCGUCAUCAGCAUCUGUGUGUGUGUGUUGGGAGGGGGACGGCUCCUCAGACGACUGUCCGCUGCAGCCCCGACUGCCCUGGGCCCCCCGGGCCCUCCUGGGACCCCUCCUCCGCAGUUGCCUUCAGCCUGGCCCCAAAGCGCCCCCUCCCCAUUGCCGCAGGACCCACCUCUGUUUACAAAGGCUGGCCGGGAGGGAGGUCCCAAGCAGGGACGCAUUAGAACAGCUCAGGGGAGGCUGCCGGGCAGCUCCUUAGCGAGUCCUCGGCGCUGGCCCGGCGCUUCCCUCCGCUCAGCCCUUUGCCAAACCCUGAUUGCUC